AUGGUCCAAUUCAAGGCAGCCACUCUGGCUCUUCUCUUUGCUGGUCAAGCCCUUUCCGGACCCGUUGAAUCUCGACAGUCCUCUGUGAGCAUUGAUGCCAAGUUCAAGGCUCACGGAAAGAAGUAUCUCGGAAAUAUUGGUGACCAGACCACAUUGACCAAAAACGCAAAGACGCCCGCAAUCAUCAAGGCCAAUUUCGGUCAAGUGACUCCCGAGAACAGCAUGAAGUGGGAUGCUACUGAGCCAAACCGGGGCCAAUUCUCUUUCACUGGAUCGGACUAUCUGGUCGACUUUGCAGAGUCCAAUGGAAAGCUGAUUCGUGGCCAUACUCUGGUGUGGCACUCGCAGCUCCCGUCUUGGGUGUCUUCCAUCACAGAUAGAGCAACCUUGAUCGAUGUCCUGAAGAAUCACAUUACCACUGUGAUGAACCGUUACAAGGGCAAGAUCUACGCCUGGGACGUUGUCAACGAAAUCUUCAACGAGGAUGGCUCUCUACGCGACAGCGUCUUCUACAAUGUAAUUGGAGAAGACUUUGUACGGAUCGCCUUCGAAACAGCCCGUGCUACGGACCCAAAUGCGAAGCUCUACAUCAAUGAUUACAAUCUCGACUCCGCCUCCUACUCGAAGACAAGCGGCAUGAUCAGUCACGUCAAGAAAUGGAUUGCUGCCGGUGUCCCAAUCGACGGAAUUGCUCUGAAUGCUCUUGCUACUGCCGGAACCAAGGAGGUUGCUAUCACUGAACUUGAUAUUGCUAAUGCCGGCUCUGGCGACUAUGUUGAUGUUGUCAACGCCUGCUUGAACCAGCCAAAGUGUGUUGGGAUCACUGUUUGGGGAGUCGCUGACCCGGAUUCAUGGCGCUCCAGCUCCAGCCCAUUGCUUUUUGAUGGGAGCUAUAACCCCAAGGCUGCCUACAACGCCAUCGCAGAUGCCCUCUAA